GAAGUGAUUUGGGACAUGAGGGGAGCCGAGGCCACCGAGCAAGGCAACUGUUCGGAGUACUUCGGGAAAUCACAACUCCCCCAUAGUUGUGAGAGAGAGCCUGUGAUCGUUGAUCUUUUGCCCGGGACUCCCUACAAUAUGCAAGUCCAAAAUUGUUGCAAGGCAGGGGUAUUAUCGUCAUUUUCUCAAGAUCCCGGUAACUCCAUGGCUGCAUUUCAAAUGAACAUUGGCACCAUAGAGACGAUGCCAUAUGACUUCAAGAUCGGCCUCUCGGGGUACACUUGUGGGAACGCUACGAAGGUGCCCCCGACGAAGUUUGUCAGUGAUAAUGGGCGUAGACAAACGCAAGCUCUUGGGACAUGGAAUAUAACUUGUACUUAUUCACCGUUUCUUGCAUCAUCGGCUCCAAAAUGUUGCGUGUCUUUAUCUGCGUUUUAUAGCAAGAAUAUUGUGCCUUGUCCGACAUGUAGUUGCGGGUGUCGAGGAGAUCCAGGAUCGAAUUGCGUGAGGCGUGAUCAACCGCCUCCGGUGUUGCAACUACCUCGCAACGCGCAAUCGCUACCAAUGGUGCAAUGUUCACAACAUAUGUGUCCGAUAAGGGUGCAUUGGCACGUGAAGUUAAGUUACAAACAGUAUUGGCGAGUUAAGAUCACGAUCAAUAAUCUCAACGUUGCCAAGAAUUAUAGCCAAUGGAAUUUGGUCGUCUUGCAUCCGAAUUUACAAAGUCUGACGCAGGUUUUCAGCUUCUACUACAAACCGCUCAAUCAAUAUGGAAGUAUAAAUGAUUCGGGGGUGUUCUACGGAAUCGAGCAUUACAACGACAUGUUACUUCAAUCCGGAGAUGGAGGGAACGUGCAAACAGAGAUGUUGCUACAUAAAGAUCCCGGGAUUUUUACGUUUAAAGAAGGAUGGGCGUUUCCAAGGAGAGUUAUAUUUAACGGUGACGAAUGUGUGAUGCCGUCACCAUACGAUUACCCGGCACUUCCAAAUCGUGGCCGCGUUUUUAGACCUUCGAUGUUAUGCUUGGUAAUAUUUAUGCUAUUACUCGCUUCGAUUUUAUGA